GCGCAUUGCAGAGGAUUCUGGGCCAUUCGUUGCCAACCACAGCGGGAGUCUUGCGUUCUGAAGAGGCUCUGAACCAGCGUUUCUUGAACGGACGACUUCCGCCCAGUUUAGUGAAAUUUGUUAUAUUCAAAAUGGCAGCCACACGGAGGCUGCAGAAGGAACUAAGUGACUUGAGGGCGUCAGCCAUGAAAAAUUUUACCAACAUCCAAGUCGACGAAGCUAAUAUUCUCACUUGGCAAGGUCUUAUCUUACCGGAUGAUCCUCCAUACAACAAAGGUGCCUUCCGUAUCGAAAUAAAUUUUCCGGCAGAAUAUCCAUUUAAACCACCAAGAAUAAACUUCAAAACAAAAAUAUACCAUCCCAACAUUGAUGAAAAGGGUCAGGUGUGUUUGGCAAUCAUCAGUGCUGAAAAUUGGAAACCCGCUACAAAAACAGAUCAAGUGAUUCAAGCGUUGAUCGCAUUGGUAAAUGAUCCCGAACCUGAGCAUCCACUGAGAGCAGAUUUAGCAGAAGAAUUUUUGAAAGAUAGAAGAAAGUUUUUGAAAAAUGCAGAGGAGUUUACAAAAAAACAUGCAGAGAAGAGGCGAGAAUCGGCUUCAGCAGAAUAACAUCGAUUAGCCUAACUCACCGAGAUGCCUGUUUGCCCGCCCGCCUCAUGACCUAAUUGGUACCCUGACUUGACUCUUUGAUAGAUAACCAGGACGCUGCUAGCUUCAGGGCUGAAAUCCCAUCGUACAGUAUUGGUUAAUUGAUUUAAAAGAAAAUCAGAGUAAAAAAAAAUGAAAAAUUG